CACCAGUCUAAUUGUAAUCUCUAACUGUUUGUUUCUUGAAUCUUGUUCAUAUAGUCUCUACUCUUAUUGUUGUUGACAUUGCUGGUAUGUGAUGGCUAAAGAUUUUUAACAUAAGAAACUUCUUGUUCUCGAGUAUGUUUCGCGGCUCGCUUCCUCAAUGUCAAGAACAUGCUGCUUGUUUCAUAGGGCAAUGUCUGUUGAGGGCUGGAACAGGUUUCUUUGUACACAAUAUCUCUCAUCUUUGAGGUUAAAGAUGGUUUCUUUAUUGAAUAUCUAGAGCCUAGACUACUUGAUUAUCAUUGAAGUUUAGGACCUUGCGUUUUGACGCGGAUUCGUGAUGCAUACAUAUCUGUUGUUUUGGCCAGUGGUUGAAACAAAAUCUAAAUCUGAUUACACAACAAUAUUUGUGCUAUCAUAUGUUGUUUGAUGACUUCACAGGUUUCAGACAAGAAUCUAUGUAAGAUAUCCUCAAGUCACCUCAAUAAGUCUGUUUACAAAUCCAGGUUCAUAGGUGUGAAACUAAAAGAGCUCCAUCAGGACCCUCAAUAGUAACGGUAACAUACUUAUUUAAGCCCUGUACAAAUACCUCUUUAAGUAUUAUGAUAUUGCUUCCUCUAGUAGUGAGUGGCUCACCACAAUCUUUAGACAGAUUACGUCUUCCAUUAUUUUAUUCGAAUAGCUUCAACUUCUUCCCACCAACUUAUGACAUCUAUUCGAAACUUCAACUUCCAUUCUUCUUCUAAAAGCUUUGUUUUGAAGAUCAUUUUUCACUCACUUGACUUUUUUUUUUUUAUCUUUCCAAACUAUGAUCUGCACAGAGGCUCUUCAGCGGAUUUCGUUCUCGAGUGAUCUUGGUCAAUCGGAUAAAGCACCCCCACCUGUAAUAGAACCAUCAGGCCUUAUCCGAAGAGAUGAAACUCUUCUUGAUUCAUCAAACUCGGACUUCGAGUUCCAUAUCUCAAACAACUUUGAUCCAGGAGACUCCUCACCAGCGGAUGAGAUCUUUGCGGAUGGCAUGAUCCUUCCUUUCCAUGUAACUGCAGCUUCGACCGUGCCAAAACGUCUCUACAAGUACGAACUACCUCCCAUUACAUCCUCCCUUUCUCCAUCUCCUCUCUCGCCACAACCGUUGCCCACAAAACACAGCGAAAAGGAAACCAACGGGAGAGCGAGCGGAGCAAACUCUGACUCAGAAGCAGAGAAGUCUUCAAAAUCGUUUUGGAGUUUCAAGAGAAGCUCGAGCCUAAACUGCGACAUAAAGAAGAGUCUCAUCUGUUCGUUUCCUCGGCUCACGAGAAGCAACUCUACAGGUUCGGUUACUAAUUCUAAGAGAGCAAUGCUGAGAGAUGUUAACAACCAUAGGCCCUCUUCUCGGUCGUCUUCUUCCUCUAUCUGUUGCAAUGCGUAUCAGUUCAGACCGCAAAAGCACGCAGGAAAGAAAGGUGAAGGAGGAGGAAGCUUUUCGAUCAUUCCAGUCCUCAAUGGUCCAUCUACAUUUGGGUUAGGAUCGAUCUUACGCCAUUCGAAAGAUAAGACGAAGACAAAGAAGAAGAACAAGAAGUAGAUGAUAAGAGAUGUUCAGAGUUUCGAUCAAUUUUUUCUUCUCUUUUGAUUGUGUCUACAAAUUGUGGGGGUUGUGUUUGUACACAUUUUAAUAGUAGAUGGUCACAGCAGC